AUGACCUCCUUGCGCUUUGUUAGAUCUGUCUGGGAGUCCUUUCGGGCCAAUUCGGGGCUGGAGCCUCGUCUAUUAGAUGGUCUCCGCGUAACAGCCGCCCGACCUGGCAGAGUCAACUUUGAACUCGACAUCAAGAAAGAGCACACAAACCGCUUGCAAAUCCUCCAUGGCGGAACCAUCGCCAGCAUGGUGGACCUAGGCGGUUCUCUGGCGGUAGCCUCCCGCGGUCUCUUCGCUACGGGUGUAUCGACCGAUCUCAAUGUGACCUAUCUCAGCUCCGGGGGUAAAGUCGGAGACAAGAUUCUGGCGGAGGUCAAAUGUGAUAAAUUCGGCAAAACUCUGGCCUACACCUCGAUCAAAUUCCUCAACGAGAAGGGCGAUGUCUUUGCGCGGGGCAGUCACACUAAGUUCGUCGCCCUUGCAUGGAAGGACCCGCAGAAUAUCGUCGAAGAGAUGGCAAAGGAGGAGCAACAGUCCUCGUCGAAGAGCGAAACUUAA